CAGGAUCUCUUUAAGAUGGACAUAGAAGACUUCAAUGGCCGCUCCUAUAUGUCUGCUGGAGAGGGAUCCCUCAGGAGGGUGUGCUCCGGAUUUCUUGCCUCAGGCCCAGGACUCCAACCAUUUUAUAAUGGAAUCUUUAUUUUGUGAAAGUAGCGGGGACUCAUCUCUGGAGAAGGAGUUCCUCGGGGCCCCAGUGGGGCCCUCGGUGAGCACCCCAAAUAGCCAGCACUCUUCACCCAGCCGCUCACUCAGUGCCAACUCCAUCAAGGUGGAGAUGUACAGCGAUGAGGAGUCGAGUAGACUGCUGGGGCCCGACGAACGGCUCCUGGACAAGGAUGACAGUGUGAUUGUGGAGGACUCAUUGUCAGAGCCCUUGGGCUACUGCGAUGGAAGUGGACCAGAGCCUCACUCUCCUGGUGGCAUCCGGCUACCCAAUGGCAAGCUCAAGUGUGACGUCUGUGGCAUGGUCUGUAUCGGACCCAAUGUGCUCAUGGUACACAAGCGAAGCCACACUGGCGAAAGGCCCUUCCACUGCAAUCAGUGCGGAGCCUCCUUCACGCAGAAGGGGAACCUCCUGCGCCACAUCAAGCUGCACUCCGGAGAGAAGCCCUUCAAAUGCCCCUUCUGCAACUAUGCCUGCCGCCGGCGCGACGCUCUCACUGGCCACCUCCGUACACACUCAGUCUCUUCUCCCACAGUGGGCAAACCCUACAAGUGCAACUACUGCGGCCGGAGCUACAAGCAGCAGAGCACCUUGGAGGAGCACAAGGAGCGUUGCCACAACUACCUACAAGGUCUCAGCACUGAAGCCCAAGCUUUGGCUGGCCAGCCAGGUGACGAAAUUCGUGACCUGGAGAUGGUGCCCGACUCAAUGCUGCACUCAUCAUCCGAGCGGCCAACUUUCAUAGAUCGCUUGGCCAACAGCCUCACCAAACGCAAACGUUCCACCCCGCAGAAGUUUGUAGGUGAAAAGCAGAUGCGCUUCAGCCUCUCGGACCUCCCCUACGAUGUGAACCCCAGCAGUGGCUAUGAAAAGGAUGUGGAGUUGGUGUCGCACCACGGCCUGGAGCCUGGUUUUGGAGGUUCUCUAGCCUUCGUGGGCACAGAGCAUCUGCGUCCCCUCCGCCUCCCACCCACCAACUGCAUCUCGGAGCUCACACCUGUCAUCAGCUCUGUGUACACCCAGAUGCAGCCCCUCCCCAGCCGACUGGAGCUUCCGGGGUCCCGGGAAGCAGGUGAAGGACCGGAGGACCUGGGAGAUGGAGGUCCCCUUCUCUACCGGGCCCGAGGCUCUCUGACGGACCCCGGGGCAUCCCCCAGCAACGGGUGCCAGGACUCCACGGAUACAGAGAGCAACCACGAAGAUCGGAUCGGCGGGGUGGUAUCCCUCCCUCAGGGUCCCCCACCCCAACCUCCUCCCCCCAUCGUGGUGGGCCGGCACAGUCCCGCCUAUGCCAAAGAGGACCCCAAACCACAGGAGGGGUUACUGCGGGGCACCCCAGGCCCCUCCAAGGAAGUGCUUCGGGUGGUGGGUGAGAGCGGCGAGCCCGUGAAGGCCUUUAAGUGCGAACACUGCCGCAUCCUCUUCCUGGACCACGUCAUGUUUACCAUCCACAUGGGCUGCCACGGCUUCAGAGACCCCUUCGAGUGUAACAUCUGUGGCUAUCACAGCCAGGACCGGUAUGAGUUCUCUUCCCACAUUGUCCGGGGGGAACAUAAGGUGGGCUAGGGGCCCCUCUCUAGCCCAAUACCCCUUAAACCCCGAGGAGUUUUGCGUUGUAGCCCCAUUCACUGGCCGCCUCGCUUCACACUAGACUCGGACCCCUCUUCGUCUGCCCCCUGCUACCAUGACUGAUCUAAGCAUUGUGACAAGGCGAGUCUUUUGCUUACAUCUCUCCUCCUAAACUCCUCUCUUCCCAGCAUAUUUGCUGUUUACUAAUGACUUUCCCUUGGCCUUUUUACAUUUACUGCAAUCUCUGGCUAUUCCUUCACUCUCCUGCCCAGGGUUCCCUUCCUCUCUAAGCCUAGAUUUUUUUUUUUUCUUCUUCUUCUUCUUCUUCUUCCUUGUGGAUCCCACAUCCUCCAGCAGCCCCAGGGGUUGGAAGCUCCUCUCUGUAGUACGAGACAUUGAGCUUCUUGCUUUAGUUUUCACCUUUAUUUAUCUGAUUCUUCACUUUUGAUGCUGAUACCUCCCAGUGGCCCCAAUCUGAGCUCCGUGGCACCCUCUCUGGGACCCUUCAACCUGGUACUCCAUACCUCUCGUGCCCUCUCACUUUAGGCAGCUUGCACUACUACUCUUAAAUGAGUGAAGAAUUUCCUCUUGGAAGUAGGAGGGGGCUGUAGAGACUAUCCCCAGGACCUGUGGGCUGAGGGUCCCUCCUGACCUCACCUGGGAAUACAAGCCCCCUAAAGCCUCCGUUCGGGAUCUCCCUCCAGGAUGUGUAUCGCUCUGCUCUCCCCGCUCCCUGCCUCACCCCUCAACACCACUCUGGUCUCAACCUGCCACUCCCCUCAGUGGUGGCUUCUCUCCUCUUGGAAUGCCCCCAUUUUAUAUUCUCAGGGGCUAAAAGCUAGGCCUGCAACCUUGUCUGACACACCCAGAGCUGCAGGUGCCUAGCUGAGAACCAGGGCACGGGAAAGGGGGUGGGUAGAACUCUCUCCUCCACCUUUCAAACUUUUUUCACUCCAGUGACCUUCCUAGGCCCUCAGGGACUCCUUCUGUCCCCGUUCUAUGAGAAACCAGUGGGUUGCUGCCCAAUGACCAGGGGCCUCUCAGCCCCACGAGUCACGCUGCCUUCUUCCUCUCCCCUGCCACAGGAUCCACCGUCUCAUUCCCCGGGUCCUGGGGGGGAGAAAGGGAUGUCUCUUUCCUCUCCGCUAAUUUUUCAGUAUAACCAAAAAUUGUCCCAGGAUGAAUAACAUGUAUGUGCCCAUCGACCAUCCCACCCUUGUCCCAGCAAGAAUGGGAUGGAUGCAACUGGGAGUCAUCCUUCACUGCCCUUCCAUGCUCGGCCGGGACACAGGGCAGGAGGGGCAUUCUUCUCUGGUGGUUGCAGAGACCCUGGCUAUUUGGAUAAUCGAGGAUUCGUGAGACCACGCAGGAGAAGGCAUAGUCCCACUGCACAUGGAGGUCUCUCUCUAUAAAGAGUUCCCUGCCAAGGCCACAGCCAUCCCCCUCUCUGCUUCUUUGAGAUUCAAACCAAAGGCUGUUUUUCUAUGUUUAAAGAAAAUAAGAAAAAAAAAAAGUAGAAACCAAACACAGCACCUCAUAAGUUAUAAGUCUUGGUCUUCUCUCUUCCUUCCCUUUCCCGUCCAUCUUUCUUUCCACGUGCCCUUUCUUUGUUGGCUCUCUUGCCUCUCUCUAUUUUUCUCACUCCCUAUUAGGGAUCUGGAGAGGCAUGAAAGGGUGGACUAGAUCAGAUCCUGGGACUGGGGCUGUUAAGCCUUCUGGAGAGUCUGCCUUCCCCUCUCAUGAGAAGGGCGGGGUGAAAAAACUUUCUCCUCUUCCUUCUGCAUUACAUGGCUUCCCAGAAGGACCAGAUUGGCAGGGAGGAGCUUUGUGGGGUGGUUCUUCCUCCUUGACACUGUAGCAAUAAACAGGUGCUGCCAAAGGUGGAGAAUAGGGUGGGAGCUCCGGAGGGAGUAGUCCCAAGAGAAGGGAAGGGUCUUGUAGACAGAACCUUGGCACUAACUCCUAGGGAUGGCAGAAGAGCUGAGGUUGGUAUCUGUGCUCCUCCUGAACUAUUCUGGCUACCGAGCCUCUUCCCAUCAGACCUGUUCCCACCACCUCUGUGCCCGCCAUGUAUCUGGGAAUGCCUCAGAAGGACCAGUUCCUCUGAGGCAUCAGAGUCUUUGAGUGCCCCAUGCCUCUCUCCCUUUAGUCAGCCUUAGCGCCUGUAACCCCCCCAGAACCCUGAAGGACUAUGCUCCGAGGCUAUACUGUGCGCCCACAAGAGCAGAGACAGAAGGACAAGGCCAGGUGCUAGGGAGGGGAGGGGCACCUUGUCCCUCUCCAGCCCAUCACUGCACUUUAACCAGGGUCUUAGGUACAAAUUCCUACUUUUCAGAGACCUCCAGCUCCUCAACCUCAAACAUCCUCACACUCUCUCCCAGCUCCUUUUGCAUAAAAAAAAAAGUAAAGAAAAGUCAGUGAUGACAGAACAAAACACCCAAAACCCACACAGAGAAAAGAGGUGUUUUCUUUUUUUAUUACUAUUCAAAAACAACACCACAAAAAAAAGUAGGGGGAAGGGAGAGAAUUUUUAAAUAGACACUUUUCCAGACCUUUGUGUAUGUGUGUGUCGGUGUCCAAGCUGCAGGUGGAAUUUUGUAAUACUUCUGGCAGCUUCUUUCCUUGUGUAAAUAAUAUACAUAUAUAUUUUUAAUCAGAAAUUAUGAAGAUCAAAAAUAGAAUAAACACAGAAGCAAGUGCAAUAUCACCUCUUCUCCUCCCCCAGGGUUCCUUUGUAGCCUGUUUGGUAUCCCUUUUGACCUUUGCCCCUUCACCUCUUCUCUCACCCUCUGACCCUCCCCUUCCCUCUUUUUAAUGAGUUUUGCUCCUUCCUCAAAGGGAGCUAAACCAGCUUUUGAGACUUCCUGCAAAGCGUUUUGUAUAUGUAACAUACUGUAAGUAAAUAUUUGUGUAAUGGAGAAAUACUACUGUAAGUUUUGUACUGUACUGGCUGAAGGUCUGUUAUAAAUAAACAUGAGUAAUUUAACAGC